AUGUCCAGAAAUGCCCUCCUAUUCAUCUUCUUAAUUUUUGCGUCUACCGUAUCUGCACAAUUUAUCCCAGAUGUCACUAGAUUGACCAGAGGCAUUGAACGGAAAAUUAACACCAUUGCCAGAGCAGCCGGUGCUGGUAGACUUAAACGAAACCCCUUUGCUGACGCGGACGAGGAAGAAGAGGAUGAUUUGGAAGAAGAUCGAUUCCGCAGUGGGUUUAUCCCAGAAGAAUCCCCAGCCACCGACACUACAAAAAUCGAGGCACCGGCAGCGGCCGCCAAAGAAAAAGUUCCUGUCGUCCCAGAAGUUUUGAAGUUUGAACCUGCGGAGGAGCAUGAAGUCACCCCGUUCAAACCAUUGACUUCAGCUUUGGAUUCUGAAUUCAGCAAAGACUCUUCAGCCACUAGCGAGCCGGCUGAGCUACCGGAUUUCUCACCAGCUGCACGGGAACCAGCCCAUCGUGGCGUUGUCCAUUUUGAUGAAGGUGCAGCUCGUGACUCCGACCCGGCAGUUUCCAGCGACGAGCCCGAGAUUGUGACCGUCUUCCGGGGCGGGAAAAACGAUUACUGUAGCCGUUUCGAGCAGCAUUAUUCGUUUUAUUGUGUCGGGGAUGUGGAUAGGACUCCGGAGGGGGCUGAGGUAUUGGAAAAAUUCUGCCCGUCCUUCAAGAAGAAUUGCCCGGAAAAGGCUGUCGGAGGUGGAAAUUUCAACACAUGGCCGGCUAAUCCGUUUAGCAAGGAAAUUGUUAUUAAUAAAACCCCAAAACACGAAGCAACGGCCGAUGACCCUACCCCAGAACUUACAAAGCACGAACGGAUUAAAUUAUAUAUGAAACGACGUGUACCCUGCACGCCAGAAUGCGAUAUAAAAAUCUAUGCCCAUUGCACGGAGGAAUGCAAAUGCGACUACAUCUACCCCCAAGUCCAAAAAUUCUGCAACCCGCCCCCAAUGCCACUUUUCCUACAAACCUGCCGAAUGUGGUACAAUAAAUGCCCGAAAUAUGAGGGAUACCAUUAUGCGUCACAAUACGUAUUUUCGAAGGCAGAAAAAGGAAAAGUGCUGCCUGGCGUUGUCACAAAUCCCAACGUUGUCCCGAACCCAAAACUGACGCUGGAUGGCGCUGGAAAUCCCCUGCGGCGAGCACGAGCCUUUACUUCUAGGCAGACACCGAGUCGAUAUGCUCCAGAGCCCGAAGAACGUUUUCACGAUGAGCCUCCAACACCUACCGUAACCCAUAAACAUGGCCGACGCUCUUUGCUGGCAGAAGCGAUUGAAAAUUCAGAAAAGGAAGCACAAAACGCUAGGGCAACAGUAACCCAUGAAGCUGCUGCUCCAUCAAGUCCAUCAAGUGGUAGCAGCAUGGACGCUUUUAGAAAAGUCCUCCACAACACCUACCGUCAAAAAUUACAGCGUGAAAUGAAAGAAUUUGGAGGGGAUGCUGUAGAAACUCAGCCGGAGUCGAAUCGUCAGGCUUCGAAUUCUUCUAGAAAAACGCGACCAACUACAGAAGAAGAAGCAACUCGAUCACGAUUUAAAGCGGAAGUUCAACGUGAUGAAGAACCACUCCGCAAACGAAAGCCGAGCAACUACGGAGAUUUUUCUGAAGCACUAAUCGCCCCUCCCCCCAUCCGCUCAACGGGCCGUGCAAAGGCCAGCCAGGGCUCAAUCCCCAUUAUCCCAUCCGAUUCGGCGACCGCAGCCGGGGACAGCUUCAAAGAAUUUGACGCACUGACUGAUGCUAGGGGAAUUGCGCAUAGGCCAAAGACAAGGAGUCCGUGGUCGAAGCCAGGUCUCUGGGAGCCGAAUCCUGAUGAUCCUCACAAUCGUGAUCACGCCAAUAAGUUUUGGUAUCAUCCCGAUUCGGUGACGGCUGAUUGGUUGAAUGGACAGCUGGCCUGGGGUGCCCAUUGGGCCGUCCCUGCAGCAGGUACCGGAGGUUCCGACGGCUACUCCGUGGCCCAUUUCCCAUCCCUCGGCAAUUUCCUCAACAUCCCCGACGAUUACGAU